AUGUAUCCCACGGCGAAGCGUAAGCAAGAGUACGCGCAACAUAUUGUCGCCCGGAUGAACCCUGGACAGGGUCGCUUUCAAGAUUUGGAAGCCGCGCUUCACUGGCACAAGGCGGUAUCGGAGUACACGAAGCUCCAGCUUACAUGUCCGGGAGACAAGCUCCCGGCGUUGGCUGGCUGCGUGAAGGACAUCUCUUCCUCCAUCGAUAAUGGCGGCGACUAUCUAGCAGGGCUAUGGAGAAAUACUCUUGCAAGGGACCUCCUAUGGGAAAUCCAUCCCCAAGCCAACUCACGACGACCGCCCGAGUGGCGGGCACCGUCCUGGUCUUGGGCUAGCGUAGAUGUGGCCGAAGGCGUAUCGUUCGUCGAGAUAGCAGAGUCGUCGCAACUACAACAUUUUGCAGAUGUUCAAAAGGGAGGUGCUGGUAAACAUGUUAUUCUCGAGAGCCCGGAUAUGACAAUAUCUAAAGACGACUUACCUAUACCAUGGCAUUGCAAGUUCGAUGACUGCGGUCCUUCUCUAUGGGAUGGUGCCAUCCGGGUCACGCUGAACCUAGAUGUCAAGUCAAUCUUCAGCCUGUUCGACUGGAUCAAACCUCAGCAAACUGGCUGUAGCCAAACCACGGUUUUCCUUUUGCAUGCAAAGUUCGACCUACGCCUGAUGCCCCCAAGCAAGAAGUGA